GUGUGUAGACAAACAACGUAGAAGAGACAGUAAAAACACCGCGUGUGGAAGAAAAACAUGUUGAAAUUCAAACAUGACGUAAGCCGCGCCCUACAGCAGUUGAUUCGACUGCAAACAAAAUGUACUAAUGUGGUGGUCCUUUUACUUUUUUAUAUUUAAGAUUCCAGAUAAACUGUCUAGUAGACUUUACGUUAAUACAUUAUUAUAUAUUCAUUCAGUUGUCAGUUGGCAUGAGCUAAUGAAUACGUUAGCUAAACGCGACGCAAAACGUUUGUCCGCUAACUGUAGUAAUGUCAACGUUAAAGUUGGGGGAGGAGGGUAGUGUGCUUUAAUUUGAUAAACGAGAGAUUUUUUACUUUUACUCAGUAGAUUGCUCACAUUUGGUUUGCUGACGAUAAGAAGAUGGAGCAGCAGGUGAAUGAACAGUCCUCUCCAGAAGUGCUGCCACAGACCGAGGAAGAGGGGAGCUGCGAGUUUGACACAGAUCUGGAGGACGAUGUUCCCAGCGAAAAAUCAUCUCUGACAGACAUGUACCUCCAAGCCUGUAGCAGGAUUGGAACUGUCCCUGUGGGGUAUUUCCUCCGUCAUCUGGGCGAGUCCUCUCUGAAUCUGAAUUAUUACGGUAUAGGGCCUCUGGGGGCAAAGGCUCUAGCCACGGUUUUACAAUAUGACAGUACCAUUACAAAUCUUGAGCUGGAGGACAACAGCCUAAAAGCAGAAGGAACUCACUAUGUGGUGGAGAUGCUUCAAUUAAACACCACUAUCAACAGUCUUAAUCUCUCAAACAAUGACUUGCGUGUCGAGGGUGCACACAUCAUUUCAAAAAUGUUGUCAGACAAUCUUUAUGUCAAAUGCCUCAGAUUUUCUGGAAACGGCUUUGAUGAUGCUUCUGCUAAAUACUUUGCAGAUGCCUUAAAGGGAGACUACAUGAUCAAAGAGCUGGAUCUCAGUCACAACAAGUUCUCUAACACUGGAGGAGAACAUCUAGGUCAAAUGCUAGCUGGAAAUGUUGCCAUAGAGACCUUGAAUCUGAGUUGGAAUAACCUCAUGAUGAAAGGAGCUGAGGCAUUGUGUGCUGGGCUCAAGGUCAACACAACACUGAAACACUUCUUGCUUGUUUCAAAUGGCUUUUCGAGUUUUGUGGCAGACUCUUUAAGCGACGCACUGAAGAUGAAUAGCACUUUGGUUCUGUUGGACCUCAGUAGUAACCUUAUAUAUGACAAUGCAGUUAGUACGCUUUGCCCUGGCUUGGCUGUUAAUGGCAGACUGAAGCUUCACUACAACACCAUCACUUUUGUUGGAGCUUUGACUCUUCUCAGAACAGUCAAAAUCAACACUAGAACUGCACUGGAGGACAUCAAUAUAUCUACAGUCUUGGUGUGUGAGGCCUUCUUGGAGUUACUAGAAGAUGUUCAGAAGAAGUUGCCAGCAUUAGUUAUCCAAUACAAGGUUCUGCCACAUAUCACUAAAAGGGUUUCUGCCCUCCCAUUAUUUAAGAAAUAUCUCAAAGAACAAAGACAGAAUCUUAUGGAGGCUUUCCGGGCCGUGGAUAAGGACCGGACAAUGAAGAUUUCCACCGCAGACUUUAGGAACGUUAUAAAAUCUUCUGAAAUACCCCUGGAUCGAAAUCAAAUUGAAUGGUUAGUUAGAAAGUUUGACAGCCAAUGCACAGCCACUAUCAGUUACAGGUAAUUGAUAAUCCUGUCACAUUGUUCUCACUAUAUUGUAAAUAGUUUAUAUUAUCUCUCUUUUUAUUUUGCAGCCAGUUUGCUGAUAUGCCAUUGUAACAAAUAAAAUGCUGUA